AUGAAGUAUCUGUAUUUGGACGGCGUGAGCGGUGGCCAGUACCGCCGGCGCAUGCGUGAGGAGCUGUGCGCGCAUGCAUCCUGUGAGCUGGUACCUGCGCUGACCACAAGGGGGAAGAUCGUUCCACCGCAGUAUGCACCUAGUGUAUCGGAACUCGGGGCUGUGAGGGCGUCGGAAGAGGUGGACCUGAGGAGCCGUCUCGCUCAGUACCAGGUCGAAGUGUACGGCUUGCGGAGGGACCAUGUGAUCUGGGCCGCGGCAGUGACCGCACUGGGGAACGCCAUGGGGUACAGCAGAGAUCAGAUGCUCGCAGCUGCCGCGUACGUGGUGAAUACGGACAGAGGGGCUUAUCGGAGCAUUGAACCGGGGGCAUCACCCUCGUCGCCGCCUCUGUUGUCUGGUGAGCGCACCGGUGAACCCCUCCCCGCCGAACACGGUGGCUCGCAAUCGUGGAUUCCUGGUGGCCCGAAGACCCCUAACAACGGGGACGGUGAAGUUGCCCCGGGUGUACGUGCGCCGACAGCAGUCCUGCUAGAUAUGCCUGCAGCGAAAAGGGGGGAGAAGCGACCGCGUGUCGAGGGUGGAAAUGCGGCUGCGGAAGGCACUACAGCCGCUGAUGGUGGGGGGGGAAAUGGUGGGUCCUCACAGUACACUGGUGUGCAGCGUGAGAAGAAGAGGGGGACAUGGAGCGCGAAGAUAUUGGUGAGGGAGCCUGCUAAGGCCAGGCGGACACAGAUGCGGCGCGCGACCCCUAAAGCCGUCGCGCCCCGCGCCCCCGCCCUUCCCCUACCACCGUCGAUGCGCGCGCUUUGUUGUUCGUCGUGUGCACCCUGCUUCGUCGCCGCGCGCGCCCUGGUUUCGCCGUCGUGCGCCCGGCCCCGCGUGCGCCCUGCUUUGUGCCCGCGUGCGCUCUGCCCCCCCCUGGUUGCUCCCGCCCCGCCCCACGUGGCCGCCCUUCUUGUGGCCGCCCUUCCACUCGCGAGCGCCUCCUCUCCUCCCGCCGCGCUCUCCCCUUCCUCAAUCCGCCCACCCACCCCCCCCCCCCCCCCUCCCCCCUCCCCACCCUCCUCCUUUCCACUCUCCUUUGUGCUUCAAGCACCACCUUACUUCUUCCUCCUCCUAUUUCCUCUCCUUCUCUACUACCCUUCCACACCAUCUGCCCCUUCACCCUCCUCCUCCUGUCCUCUCUCCAUUCAAUCCCCUCCCCAUCUCACUCUCUCCUCCGCCUCUCUUCUCUCGUCUACUUCUGCAGCUGGUUGCCGGCUUUGCUUCGUCAUUUUGCUCAUCAAGACCUACCCCUCCUCACCAUCCGCCCCUUCACCCUCCUCCUCCUCUCUUCUCUCCCUUCAUUCCCCUCUCCAUCGCACUCUCUCCUCCGCCUCUCUUCUCUCGUCUACUGCUGCAGCUGGUUGUCGGCUUUGCUUCGUAAUCUUGCUCAUCAAGACCUACCCCUCCUCACCAUCCACCCCUUCACCCUCCUCCUCCUCUCUUCUCUCCCUUCAUUCCCCUCCCCAUCUCAUUCUCUCCUCUGCCUCUCUCCUCUCCUCUACUGCUAUAGCUGGUUGCCAGCCUUGCUUCUGUGACCAUGCCAUCCCUCGAUAG